AUGGCCGCCGUCCGCACUUUUGUUCUGUUUUCUUUCACAUCUCCUCCAUCAUUGAAAGCAUCCAAGACUCCAGAGUUCGUGAACUGUCCAUCGACUCUAUCAAGGAGUGCUGCAAGCGCUGUGAUAUUUCAGAAAACAUGGAAACCCAUCAAUCGCCAACUCAACGGUCUAUCUCCGAGUCGUGUCGCCGCUCGUCCUCGAAACGCUAACAGGGACUGA